CUCGCUCGCUAUGGCUCGGCGAGGGCAGCUCGGGUAGACGGCGGAGGUGGUGCCCAGCCCCAGCCGCAGCCCCAGCCGGGUUCCGAACUCCGGCCCUGGCCUGUGCCCUGAAGAGGGGGGCUGGAACCAUGAGCUCCUAUCUGGAAUACGUGUCGUGCGGCGGCGGCGGGGCUGGCGGAGACGUGCUCAGGUUUGCACCCAAGUUCUGCCGCUCCGACGCCCGGCCCGUGGUCCUGCAGCCCACCUUCCCCCUGGGCAGCGGCGACGGCGCCUUCGUCAGCUGCCUGCCCCUGUCCGCGCCUUCGCCCCCUGCAGCCUCGGCACAGCCGCCCGCGCCGCCCCGGGCCGCGCCCCGCUAUGCCCAGUGCACGCUCGAGGGCGCCUACGAGCCCGGCGCCGCACCUGCCGGGGGCGCGGACUACAGCUUCCUGGGGCCGGGGGCCGCGUACGACUUCGCGGGCGCUCUCGGGCGCCCCGCCGACGACAGUGGGGCGCACGUCCAUUACGCCGCCUCUGCUGUUUUCUCGGGAGGCGGCUCCUUCCUCCUCAGCGGCCAGGUGGAUUGCGCGGCCUUUGGCGAGACGGGCCCCUUCCCGGCGUGUCUCAAAGAGCCAGCUGAUGGCCACCCCGGGGCCUUCCAGACUGCGUCCCCUGCCCCCGGAGCCUACCCUAAGUCCAGCUCUCCGACGUCCGGCCUCCCCGCGGCCUUCAGCACAUUCGAGUGGAUGAAAGUGAAGAGGAAUGCCCCUAAGAAAAGCAAACUCGCAGAGUAUGGAGCCGCUAGCCCCCCCAGCGCGAUUCGCACGAAUUUCAGCACCAAGCAACUGACAGAACUGGAGAAAGAGUUUCAUUUCAAUAAGUACUUAACUCGAGCCCGACGCAUUGAGAUAGCCAACUGCUUGCAGCUGAAUGACACCCAAGUCAAAAUCUGGUUCCAGAACCGCAGGAUGAAGCAGAAGAAAAGGGAACGCGAAGGGCUCCUGGCUACAGCCAGCUCUGUAGCCUCCCUCCAACUUCCCCUCUCGGGACCGAGCCCCACCAAGUCUGGCAGGAACCCGGGCAGCCCUGCUCAGGCCCGAGAGCCUUCCUGAGGUCCAGUCUCGAGGCUGAAGAACCUUGGCCUGCAGAAGUCACCCCUACCAUCUAUAGACUUAGGAGCUGGGUUUGGGAUGGAGGGGGGUGUGAGCAGAAAUGCAUAGGCUUUUCAUUUGGAAAGGAGCUACAGUAUCAUAGUUGGCUUCUGAAUUCCAGGCUGGGUGUGUACGUGCAGAUACUGAUUUGAUAUCUUUUAAGCCAUUAGUUUGCAUUUUAUUUGUGUCUUAUCAGGAAAAGGUGCCUCCACCUGCCAGCCCAGCCCUGCUGCUGUUGCCUAAUACAGUCAUAAACAAUUCUUGGGUGCAGAGUGGCAGAUCAUUUAGUAAUUUUGUCAACCCUCUGAUGUGUUCAGAAGAGCACUUGCCCAUAAUUUGUCUAGUUUUAAUUUAAAGGACAGGCUACAUAUAUCAGCUUUUUGAGAUGACCAAAGGUAGUUAGUGUCCCCUUGAUGUAGCUAAGCUGCUUCAAUGAUGAUCUGUUUACAGAGUUGCACUCCGGUUUUGUUUUAAAAAGCAGUUUCUACCUCUCCACGUGCCUGAGUGAAGAUACAAUCACUGUUUAGUUAGUAGCUGAAUAAAUUCACAGGGUGGGUAAAGAUUAGAACCUGAACUACACCUAGACAUCAGUUACUCAAACUUGAAUGUAAAUAUAUACAGUAUGUAUAUUUUUAAAAAGGUUUGCUUGCAAUGAACAUAUAUGACAUUUAAUGUCAUAGCAUGUAAAGGGUUUGUAAUAAAAUGAC